AUUGGUCUAUUCACUCUAACACGUCCUCAGUCAGGACCUGCCCAUUCGUCACAAUACGAGCUGCUGUCAGAAUCCGCGAAGCCUCGUCCUGGUGCAAGUUUGCUUCAUAUCGCCAUCAAGAAUGGUUCCGGAGGCAUUGCCCACGCUCUAGUUGUUGGUGGCGGAGCUGAUGUUGAUGCACGAGACGUUGCCAACGGCGAUCGACCCAUUCAUUGCGCCAUUAGGGGACGUUCUGUCUCAAUGUCGCGCAUGUUAUUGCACCAUGGUGCCAGGCUGGACCUACGAAAUGACGCGGGCCUGACCCCGCUAGAUCUUGCUGUGAGGAUGCAGGAAGAAGACAUUGUAGAGUUGCUAAUUGAAGGUGGCGCUCGAGUCUUGUGA